AUGCUGGCAUCUCCAUCCCCAUCGUUGUCAGGUCAAUUGUCGCAGCUUGGUGCCAGUUUAUACGGGCCACAAAGUAAGCACUGCUCCUCCGCUGUCCCUACACCAUCCAUGCAUGGCUUUGAGCACUCGACCAUUACUUAGCCUACAUUCAGUCACUGCUUAGCCUACAUUCAGUCACUGUUUAGCCUGCAUUCAGUACAUUACACAUUAAUCUGAAACACACUACACUGCACUACAUUAGGUGUUCCAUCUCAGGGGCAGAAGAAGAGGUGGGCAGGUGUGUGGGCUGUUGCCAUGGAUCCCUCAGAGGAUGGCUUCACCACAGAGAGCAGAACAGACAACGACUGAGUCCCAAAUGGCACCCUAUUCCCAAUAUAGUGCACUACUUUUGACCAGGGCCCACAGAGCACUGGGUUAAAAGUAGUGCACUUAAUAGGGAAUAGGGUGCCAUUUGGGACGUAACAAAACGUCCACUGCGCUGGUCCUUUAGCUGGGUUAAUAUGACCGACCUGUGGCAUAAUGUUCUACAGAAAAGGAUUGGGGUCCAUUUUUAUAUCCUGUUCAGUUCAGGAAGUGGAUUUGAAUUGGCUGAGUUGAAAGUGUCAUUGAGCCCAACCUUGAUGCACAGCUCAAUAGAAAAACAGUCGUCUGGGUUUUAGGCCCCAUUCCAUGUUGUCACAGUCACUAUCGGCUUCUCCUGUCAGCUGUUGUCAAUACUCCAUCUCUGUUUCUCCCAAGUAUUUUAAAGGAAUAUGGCCUAGGGUCUUCAGAGUUUACCUAUCCAAAGCCUGUUUAUCGCCAACUCUAACCCAUUGUCUCUCUGUGGAUGUCUACUUAGUAAAGGAAUAUAGCUGACCAUGUCAAUCAAGCCUGUAUCGCUCCAACUCUAACCAUCUUUCUCCCCUGUGUGACGUCCAGGUGCCCUAGGGUUCCCUAUGAGGGGUAUGAGCAACAACACUCCUCAGUUGAACCGUAGCUUAACACAGGGCAACCAGCUACCGAGCCACGUCACUGCAACCACCGGAGUGGCCCCCACAAUGUCCCUCCAUACUCCGCCCUCGCCAAGCAGGUAUACCCCCUCCACGUAUAGGCCACGUACUGCCUUUACCAUCACAUUUUAGUCACCUAGUUGGCUCGGGGAUUCAUCUCAGCAUGUCUGAUUUUACCAACUUGAUUCAGCUGAUUGAUGCAUUAGAAGUUGCUUGCUUGGCAAAAUGAUCAUAUUGUUCAUGGCAGUGGAGCUAGUAGCACCCAGAUAAGCUGCUACAUAUGGGGUUGUGACUGUUAGUUGUUGAGUAGGUAAAUAUUACCCAUCAUGCCUAAUUUAAAAGCAAUUCUUAUUCCAUUCUCUUUUUCUCUGGCGUGCUUUUCACGUCACCCUGAUCACAUCCAUGUGUCUGAGAUACCACCUCCCCUCUCUCUCUCUCUCUCUCUCCACUACAGGGGCAUCCUGCCCAUGAACACGCGGAACAUGAUGAACCCCUCUCAGCAGGUGGGGCGCCAGGAGGUCAUGGUGGGGGGCAUGCCCAGUGGGGGCAGGACCAACAGCAUGGGCAGCUCGGGCCUGGGCAGCCCCAACCGCGCCUCUCCAAGCAUCAUCUGCAUGCCCAAGCAACAGCAGUCCCGCCAACCCUUCACCAUCAACGGGUAACACUAGAAUGAAGGCAAAACGUUAUCAUUGGGUGAUGUAUUGAACAUUGUAAAGACAGGAUAUAGAAACCAUGAAGACCUGUUGGCUACAUAUAAUAAAGGCAAACUUUGAACAGGUGAGAUAACUACAGUAUAAAGACAUGGUAUAGAAGCCAGUCAAACCUUUUACCUCCCUACUACAGUAUAAAGACAUGGUAUAGAAGCCAGUCAAACCUUUUACCUCCCUACUACAGUAUAAAGACAUGGUAUAGAAGCCAGUCAAACCUUUUACCUCCCUACUGCAGUAUAAAGACAUGGUAUAGAAGCCAGUCAAACCUUUUACCUCCCUACUACAGUAUAAAGACAUGGUAUAGAAGCCAGUCAAACCUUUUACCUCCCUACUGCAGUAUAAAGACAUGGUAUAGAAGCCAGUCAAACCUUUUACCUCCCUACUACAGUAUAAAGACAUGGUAUAGAAGCCAGUCAAACCUUUUACCUCCCUACUGCAGUAUAAAGACAUGGUAUAGAAGCCAGUCAAACCUUUUACCUCCCUACUACAGUAUAAAGACAUGGUAUAGAAGCCAGUCAAACCUUUUACCUCCCUACUGCAGUAUAAAGACAUGGUAUAGAAGCCAGUCAAACCUUUUACCUCCCUACUACAGUAUAAAGACAUGGUAUAGAAGCCAGUCAAACCUUUUACCUCCCUACUACAGUAUAAAGACAUGGUAUAGAAGCCAGUCAAACCUUUUACCUCCCUACUACAGUAUAAAGACAUGGUAUAGAAGCCAGUCAAACCUUUUACCUCCCUACUACAGUAUAAAGACAUGGUAUAGAAGCCAGUCAAACCUUUUACCUCCCUACUACAGUAUAAAGACAUGGUAUAGAAGCCAGUCAAACCUUUUACCUCCCUACUACAGUAUAAAGACAUGGUAUAGAAGCCAGUCAAACCUUUUACCUCCCUACUACAGUAUAAAGACAUGGUAUAGAAGCCAGUCAAACCUUUUACCUCCCUACUACAGUAUAAAGACAUGGUAUAGAAGCCAGUCAAACCUUUUACCUCCCUACUACAGUAUAAAGACAUGGUAUAGAAGCCAGUCAAACCUUUUACCUCCCUACUACAGUAUAAAGGAAUGGUAUAGAAGCCAGUCAAACCUUUUACCUCCCUACUGCAGUAUAAAGACAUGGUAUAGAAGCCAGUCAAACCUUUUACCUCCCUACUACAGUAUAAAGACAUGGUAUAGAAGCCAGUCAAACCUUUUACCUCCCUACUACAGUAUAAAGACAUGGUAUAGAAGCCAGUCAAACCUUUUACCUCCCUACUACAGUAUAAAGACAUGGUAUAGAAGCCAGUCAAACCUUUUACCUCCCUACUACAGUAUAAAGACAUGGUAUAGAAGCCAGUCAAACCUUUUACCUCCCUACUACAGUAUAAAGACAUGGUAUAGAAGCCAGUCAAACCUUUUACCUCCCUACUACAGUAUAAAGACAUGGUAUAGAAGCCAGUCAAACCUUUACCUCCCUACUACAGUAUAAAGGACAUGGUAUAGAAGCCAGUCAAACCUUUUACCUCCCUACUACAGUAUAAAGACAUGGUAUAGAAGCCAGUCAAACCUUUUACCUCCCUACUGCAGUAUAAAGACAUGUAUAGAAGCCAGUCAAACCUUUUACCUCCCUACUACAGUAUAAAGACAUGGUAUAGAAGCCAGUCAAACCUUUUACCUCCCUACUUACAGUAUAAAGACAUGGUAUAGACGCCAGUCAAACCUUUUACCUCCCUACUACAGUAUAAAGGACAUGGUAUAGAAGCCAGUCAAACCUUUUACCUCCCUACUGCAGUAUAAAGACAUGGUAUAGAAGCCAGUCAAAACCUUUUACCUCCCUACUGCAGUAUAAAGACAUGGUAUAGAAGCCAGUCAAACCUUUUUCCUCCCUACUGGCAGUAUAAAGACAUGGUAUAGAAGCCCAGUUCAACCUUUUACCUCCCUACUGCAGUAUAAAGACAUGGUAUACAGUAUAAAGACAUGGUAUAGAAGCCAGUCAAACCUUUUAACCUCCCUACUACAGUAUAAAGACAUGGUAUAGAAGCCAGUCAAACCUUUUACCUCCCUACUACAGUAUAAAGACAUGGUAUAGAAGCCAGUCAAACCUUUUACCUCCCUACUACAGUAUAAAGACAUGGUAUAGAAGCCAGUCAAACCUUUUACCUCCCUACUACAGUAUAAAGACAUGGUAUAGAAGCAGUCAAACUUUUACCUCCCUACACAGUAUAAAGACAUGGUAUAGAAGCCAGUCAAACCUUUUACCUCCCUACUGCAGUAUAAAGACAUGGUAUAGAAGCCAGUCAAACCUUUUACCUCCCUACUGCAGUAUAAAGACAUGGUAUAGAAGCCAGUCAAACCUUUUACCUCCCUACUGCAGUAUAAAGACAUGGUAUAGAAGCCAGUCAAACCUUUUACCUCCCUACUACAGUAUAAAGACAUGGUAUAGAAGCCAGUCAAACCUUUUACCUCCCUACUACAGUAUAAAGACAUGGUAUAGAAGCCAGUCAAACCUUUUACCUCCCUACUACAGUAUAAAGACAUGGUAUAGAAGCCAGUCAAACCUUUUACCUCCCUACUGCAGUAUAAAGACAUGGUAUAGAAGCCAGUCAAACCUUUUGGUUCCAUGGAAUAAAGACAAACAUUAUCACCGGUUUAGCCACAACAGCACAAGAGCCCAUCUCCUCUUCUUCCCUGAAGUGUGAACUUGUACAUCCCCUGUGGGGUAUUUAAAAGGAUAGAUACUUUAUUGUUCUCAUAGUCGCUAGUCUAGUGUAUCAAGUAGUCUGAGUCUCAAUCAAAAUGGUUGAUGGACUUACUAUUCUCUUGUCCUAUGAAGUGAUUGAUGCACUCUGUGGCUGAAAGGAGACUGUUUGUUUGUUGUACUCUAAGGACAUUAAUAGUGUGAGUCCGUCUGUCAGGAGCGACAAGCGUUUCACUGUUUACUGCCUUGGGGAAACACACACAAGCUGUGAUGAUUAAGAACUCUGCACAGAGAGAAGAGGGGAGGGCGAGAGAAGAGGAAGGAGGGUGAGGAAGUAGGGUGAGGGAAGAGGAAGGAGGGAAGAGGAAGGAGGGAAGGAGGGCGAGGGAAGAGGAAGGAGGGAAGAGGAAGGAGGGAAGGAGGGCGAGGGAAGAGAGCAGGAGAGGGAAGAGGUAUGAGUAAGGGCAGUUUAAAUGCAAAAACAGGCACGCCUCAUUCACCGCCUCGCUUCUCACGCUUUAUCUCUCCUCUCCCCUCCCCAAAAAACCCCCUCCCUCUACCUCCCCUCUCCCUCUCCCCAAAACCCCACCCUCUCCCUCCCCUCUCCCUCUCCCAAACCCCACCCUCUCUCCUCUCCCCCUCCUCUCCUCUCCCCUCCCCUCAUUCCCUCUCCCCCUCUCCCUCUCCUCUCCCUCCCCUCCUUCCCUCUCCCCUCUCCCUCUCCUCUCCCUCUUCCCCUAAUUUUCUCUUUCUCUCCUGUCAUCUCUGUGAUUCUUCCAUAGUGGAGCUAAUUAGUCCUCACAGUACAGAUGAAGUAGUCCACCACUGUUCUGUCUCCAUGGAGAUGCCUUGCGAAUAUGUUAUAUGACAACAACAAUAGAUACAUACAUAAAUGUAUAUCUGUAUCUAAACCGUAUGUGUGGUAGUCAUAUAUAUUUUCUACAAUGUAUCUGUCUAGCUUACCCAUUAGGAUCAGUCCAUUGCAUUAAUAAGGAUUUUCUAUGAAGCCCAAGGUCGAGGGUUUCAUUGAAUGAAAGGGCUGUUUUGAAGAACCUGGUUGGCCUACAGAUUCCCAUUUGGCAUGGGCAGUGGGGAUGUUUUGAAAGGCACUCUUCACAGUUGCGCAAACACCAUUUACGCAUUAGAAAACAGUGUGCACUUUUGUAACGCGUCUCUCCCUCCUGAUGCAACACGGUAGUCAUUUAGCCAGAGGAGACUUCCUCAAUCUCUGUUGUAGGAUUACAGCAACCAGUGUCUCAGGGUGGGAGUGCUGAACUAGGAUCAGUUUAGCCUUUUAUAUCACAAUUACAGUGAUCCUAGAUCCGCACCUCUUGAGACUCUGAGAAUACAGUCCUUUACAGGUCUUCACUUUGGCCUGACCCAUCUGCAUUCAAAGGCAAACAUGGAGGACUGCUAUUUUUUUUAGUUUUUUUUUUCCCCUAUGUCAAGCUCUGCCAGACAGAGUGCUAUUAAAUGUGUGUUAUUAGUCUGAUCAAUGAGAUUAAAUUAGCCUUGAAACAGGGAGCGAUGACCUUUAGCUGGGUACAGAGUCAGACCAUGUAAUGACCGUGGUGCUCGGUAAUGGAAGCUGGUCGGGUGCCGGCUGUACCCAUUAUUACUAGGCUGCUGUGUCAUUAUAUCAGCCGGUACCUAGGACUGCCUUAGGGUGUUAUGGGGGUUCUAAUAGCUUGGUUUUGGACUUUUUAGGGACUUUUCUAUAUUGUAUGGUUUGUUCAGACUUGUCAAAUUGAAACAGGAAUUAAAUUGAAAUGGUGAGUGUGUGUCUCUCCAUGUUGUUUCAGUAUGUCAAUGUUUGUAAAACGCCCAGGAUAAGAGCAUCUGCUGAAUGAGUAAAAUGUAAAAUUGAAGUCAGACUGAAAUGGUGUCUCUGUGUUUCAGUAUGUCAGGGUUUGGAAUGAACAGGAAUCCGUCGUUCGGGAUGAACAAUUCGUUAUCGAGCAACAUCUUCAAUGGAACAGGUGAUGUUCAAGACAUUGAUUGGCUGUCUGAUUGAUUGAUACCCUCCUUCAUUGAUGACAAAGUCAUUAAAACAUUUUGUAAUUAGAAAAUUGUUUUGUAAAGCAGAGGUUUGCGGUUUGUUUCUGUAACGGAUGGACUAGCAAGAGGGUUGCCAUGAGGCUCUUUAACAGCUAGUCUUUUCUGUAAGUGUGAGACACCGAAAUGCUUUUUAAAAUAAAUUGGGCCGUGACUUGACUAACUGUUCCCUUGUCCUGUGUCUCCUCCCUGCUAUAGACGGGAGUGAAAACGUGACGGGCCUGGACCUGUCAGACUUCCCAGCGUUAGCAGACCGGAGUCGGAGGGAAGGAGGUGGGAACCCUACUCUCUUCUCAACCCACUGGCUGGGAGGGCCCCUUAUGGUGAGACACCCUAACCCCACUCCUCUUCUCCUCCCACUGGCUGGGACGGCUCUCUAUGGAGGGAGAGAGAGAGAGUGCGUGUGUGCGUGUCCCGGUCUGUGUGAAAAAAUAAAAAAUGUACCUUUGCUUCUGGGUUGCUGGGAUGCAGUGAUAUUGAUCAUUGUCUUCCAGAGUGAAAAUCUAUUGUCCGUCCGUUGUCCCUGUAUUUACCUGAGCUAGAACCUGUCCAUCCUCUCCUCCUGUACUGCAGUUGGAAUGGUCACCAAACCGUCAAACGAACAGUCCCAAGACUUCUCCAUCCACAACGAGGACUUCCCUGCACUGCCUGGUCCCAACUACAAGGACACCACGUCGAACAACGACGACAGCAAAACGGUGAGUCUUUCAUCUCUAGGACGAACUUACUACCCUAGACAUCGAUAUAAGGUCCGUUUGGUGUUAUUCCCCCUGAAUGGAGUUGAUCAGAGUCUGUGUGAGUCUGAUUUAAUGUUGCUCAGCUCUGAGGCUUCGUCAAUGGGUAGAGAGACCUCAAACAAAACUAGGGCAAAUGAACUUAUUAUUGAUUCAUGUUGCAGGGAAAUGUGUUCUAGUAGCAGGGGGUAGAGGGCUGCUGGGGGAAUCAACACGGUCAAUGAAACAGCAUCUCUAAUGGAUUGAGGGGGGAGAAGGAUGAGGGAGUUGUGAACUGUUGUUUACUAUCGAUGUGGGUUCUAAAAUCCAUUGUAGGAGGGCUGUUUAAUGAAGCCAGUGUUAGUUUCCCUGUCUUUCUUUUUCUGUUCUGAAGAAGUGUACUUCUAUUUAUCCCACAGGGAGCAAUUCAGUUUAGUGAAGACCGCUCAGAAGUGUACUGUGUCUUUAGUGUUCGGAGGAGAGCCACCGCACUGGGAAACAUACUAGGACUCUAAUGGGGUUCUUCCUCCCUCUCCAGAAUCUAAACGCUUCUUCUCUUCCUGUCUCUCUCUCCAGAAUCUAAACUCCUUCUUCUCUCCGUCUCUCUCUCCAUAAUCUAAACCCUUCUUCUCUUCCUGUCUCUCUCUCCAGAAUCUAAACCCUUCUUCUCUUCCUGUCUCUCUCUCCAGAAUCUAAACCCUUCUUCUCUCCCUGUCUCUCUCUCCAGAAUCUAAACCCUUCCGUCACUGUCUCUUCCGCCAAGAUCUAAACGCUCUUCUCGUGUCCGGCUCUCUCCGAUCUACUCUUCUCUCUCCUUCCUGUCUCUCUCUCCAACCUGUCAAACCGCUCUCACCAACUACGACCUCUCUUCCUGUCUCUCUCGAUCUCCUGCUCCUACUAGCUCUCUCUCUUCCAGAUCUAAACCUCUAUCUCUCUCCUGUCUCUCUCUCAGAAUCUAAACGCUUCUCUCUUCUUGUACUCCUCUCCGAGAACUCUAACGCUUUAACUCGAUCCUGUCUCGCUCUCCGAACUAAGCCUUCUCGUCUUAGUCUGAAUCUAAACCUCUUCUCUUCCUGAUCUCUCUCCAGAAUCUAGACCUUCUUAUAUUAGACUAGACCUGUCCUCUUACUUCAGGAAACUCUAUAGUGAACUACCUUCUGCCCUCUCAUAUUGAUACUAAGACCUCUCCUAGGACCUCUCUGUUUAACUAGGAAAUCUAAACCUCUCUCGUCUGAUAACUAGAAGCCUAAAGACCUCUCAGUCAAACUAGACUGACAGAGACCUCUAUAGUGAUACCUGACCGAUAGGCAAGACCUCUAAGUUAGAACUAAAACCUCUAGAAACUCUAUAGUGAUAACUGGACCUCACUAGGAAGACCUCCUAUAGUUGAUAACUAGGACCUGACUAGGAAGACCUCUAUAGUUGAUAACUAGGACCUGACUAGGAAGACCUCUAUAUUGGACUGAAGACUCUCUGUAAGUUUCCUCCCAAACUAGGGAAGACCUCUAUAGUUGAUAACUAGGAAGGACCUGUAGGAAGACCUCUAUAGUUGAGAACUAGGACCCAACUAGGACCUGACUAGGAAGACCUCUAUAGUUGAUAACUAGGACCUGACUUGGAAGACCUCUAGGAAGACCGCUAUAGUCUAACUUCAUUCGAAAAUGCAUCAGCAACAUUGUACCCACGGUGAGGGUUCGCUGCUUCUCCAAUCAAAAGCCCUGGAUUAACACAGAGGUUGGCGCUAAACUAAAGAGCAGGACUACCGCACACAGAGCUAUCGUACACAACCCUGAUGCUACGGCCGAGGACAGGAAUAAGUACAAGAAGUCCCGCUAUGACCUCCGCAGAGUCAUCAAAUGAGCAAAAGGACAAUAUAGGAAUAAGGUGGAAUCAUAUUACACAGGCGCCGAUGCCCGCUGCAUGUGGCAGGGGCUACAGUCCAUUACAGAUCACAAAGGAAGACCCAGCCGUGAUCUGCCGAACGAUGCCUCUAUCAGACGAUCUCAAUGCAUUUUAUACAUGCUUUGACAACAACAUCGAGCCGGGUGUGAGGGCCGUCACCGACCCAGGGGAUUGGGUGAUCUCGCUCUCUGAGGCCGACGUGAGAAGGGUCUUUUAAUCAGGUCAACACCCACAAGGCCGCGGGCCCUGACGGUAUUCCAGGGCGCGUUCUCAGAGUAUGCGCAGAACAGCUGGCAGGCAUAUUCACAGUCAUUUUCACACGCUCCUUGGACCAGUCUGUAAUCACCACAUGUUUUUAGAUGACCACAAUCAUCCCUGUUCCUAAGAACUCUAAGGCUUCAUGCCACAAUAACUACCGCCCUGCAGCACUCUCUUCUGUAAUCAUGAAGUGCUUUGAGAAGCUGGUUAUGACACACAUUAACUCCACCAUCCCAGCCACCCUAGACCCACUCCAAUGUGCAUACCGCCCCAACGUAUCCAUAGAUGACGCAAUCUCAAUUGCUCUCCUCACUGCCCUCACCCACCUAGAUAAGAGGGAUACCUAUGUGAAAAUGCUGUUCAUUGAUUACAGCUCAGCGUUCAACACAAUAGUCCCCUUCAAGCUUGUCGCUAAGCUUAGGAUUCUGGGUCUGAACACCUCCCCCUUCAACUGGAUCCUGGACUUCCUGACGGGCCGACCCCAGGUGGUGAGGGUAGGCAGCAUCACCUCCGCCAUGCUGACCCUCAACACAGGGGCCCCACAGGGGUGUGUGCUUAGUCCCCUCCUGUACUCCCUGUUAUCCCACGACUGUGUGGCCAUGCACGACUCCAACACCAUUACGUUAGCUGACGAUGCGACGGUGGUAGGCCUGAUCACCGGCGAUGAUGAGUCAGACUACAGGGAGGAGGUCAGUGACUUGGCAGUGUGGUGCCAGGACAACAACCUCUCCCUCAACAUCAGAAAGACCAAGGAGCUGAUUGUGGACUACAGGAAACGGGGUGGGGGGGGCGAGCACGCCACCACCCACAUCGACGGGGCGGCAGUGGAGCAGGUAGACAGCCUCAAGUUCCUCAGUGUCCAAAUCACGAAGACUUAAAAUGGUCCACACGCACAGUCGUGAAGAAGGUGCGACAGUGCCUCUUCCCCCUCAGGAGGUUGAAAAAGUCUGGCAUGGGCCCCUCAGAUCCUCAGAGAGCAUCUUGACUGGCUGCAUCACUGCUUGGUAUGGCAACAGCACCGCCCUGGAUCGCAUGGUGCUACAGAGGGUUGUGGGGACAGCCCAGUACAUCACUGGGGCCGAGCUCCAAGCCACUUUAAAAAAAGAUUUCCUAUAUAUAGUGUGCUUGCUUACUUAAUUACUUUAUUGUGUAUUUCAUAUUUCAGGUGUCUUUUCUUCUAGUAAUACAUUGAUAUUGAUUACUGCAUCGUUGGGUUUAAAGCUGUAAGAAGGCAUUUCACUGUACUUGUGCAUGUGACAUUAAAACUUGAAACUUUGAAACUUUUUAACUAAGACUUUUCCAUGGUCAGGUCAUGUGGUCAAGAAAAAUGUAACCUGAUGAUUUUAUCCAUAUCAGCCGGGCACCAAGGUCAAAGUUCAACACUCAUUCCUGUAGUUAAUAGACGGGCUCAAACACACUCCUCAUUGCUCUUCCCUCUCCUCCUCCUCCUCCCCUCCAGGUCGUGUGACCAACAUUCCCGGGGGUAUGGUAACAGACCAGUUCGGGAUGAUUGGCUUGUUAACGUUCAUCAGGGCAGCGGAGACAGACCCAGGCAUGGUGCACCUAGCACUGGGCAGUGACCUGACAACGCUAGGACUCAACCUCAACUCGCCAGAG